AUGAUCCUCGGCUUCCGUUGUCAGGGCGCCAAGUGUCAGUGGACGAGCCCCCCACCGGACGAGUUCUUAGAAGCCAUGGCGGCGUUGAGCUUGAAGGAGCUGAAAGCCAAAGCCAUCGGCUUCGGCUUGGACCCCACCGGAUGCAUCGAACGAGAGGAGUUCUUGGAAUUGCUCCGGAGAGGGCGGGACGCCGGAGUGCUCAAGGAGGCCGUGGCCGCGCCAUCGCCCACCUCCCCGGCCUCGGCCGCUUCGGGCUCCGUGUCCAAACCGGAGGCCAGCGUUCCUACGGAGAGUCCAAGUCCGAGCCCAGUUGCCAGUUCAGGGAAGGCUGCCGAGGCUGCCAGCACGACCAGCGCAGCAGCCGAGGAGAUCCCUGAAGGUUGCUACAGCUUGGAGCAACUGACCGACAAGCGAACCUGGGAGAAGCUGGAUGUGGUUUCCACCGAGCGAGAGACCUACUUGCCGGAUGGAAUCUUCCAGCAACUCUUUGGAAUGUCCAAGGCCGACUUUGCAAAGAUGCCAAAGUGGAAAAAGGAGAACGCCAAGAAAAAGCAUGGGCUCUUUUGA